CAGGGGUGGGUAUAAUGUAAAAUAUACAUGCUUAGGGGGUGUUUGGAUCAGAGUUUUGUUUUGGGCUCAUCUCUAAUAUAAUAUUUGAAAGAUUUCUGAGGAAAGGAUGUGAUAGGAAGAAAGAAACCAAUAAUCUCAGUUCGUUUCCUAUCUUAACGAAGGCUGGAUUUUUCCAUGUCGUGCACAGCCAUCAGACUACGUCAAUUUAUAGAUCCUACACCCUACCUCCCUCCAGGCACUGUUAUUCGUCAAGGAAAGGACAUUCAAGGGUUCUAUCCUGGGCAACUAGGACGGGUACAUAAGGCAUGCACGCCUGAAACAACUCCAGGACCUUUCAUAAAACUGCACCCAGCUCCAGUGCAGCAUGAAGUUGAAACUCAGUACCCACAUGACUUUGAUAAUUUAACUCUUCAGAGCUAUGUCCUUUUUCAAAGGACAGUGAAGAAGGCAAUGAAUGACUGGUACAAGCAAACCACGUACAAAGAAGAAUUUGCACUGCCAUUUUUCAAUAUGGACCGUGAUGAGGAUAAAUACACACCAAGAACUGAUCCUGGACCACUGACAAUCUGGAGAAGCAUUGCUGAUCCAAAAAAUAUAACCUGCCCUUGCUUAGCCAUUUCUGCUGCUAGUUGUGUGUUAAAAAAAUUCUAUGUCAUGGGGAAGCAACUCCCAAGAGUGGGGACAGGGAGAAAAGUGAAAGAUACGUUCAGAAUAUCUGGGCAUCCGAUCUGAGACUGACACGAUACG